CCCGUCCAGCCCGGGCCCCCCGGCCCCCCCGCCGCCGCCCGCGUUCCUAUGGACAGACGCACAGACACCUGCAGGAAAGACACUGCUGAUCCUGUAACAUGGAGGAUUGCCUUCAUACUUCAUCUGAGAAUCUGUCCAAAUUGGUCAGCUGGGCCCACAGCCAUGGGACCAUUUGCAGCCUCAUCCCAAACCUGAAACACUUGCUUUCGGAAGGUUCCCAUGGGAACCUCACAGCAAUGUGGGGCUGUAGUGCUGGCCAUGCUUAUCACUGGCCCCUGACAGCUACUUGCAGAGCUGGGUCCCAAGAGAGGGUCUGUUUCCAGGAUAACAGAAGUUUUAACUCUGAUAGUCCCAGUAUAAUUGGAGUACCAUCAGAGACACAAACUAGCCCUGUUGAAAGGUACCCUGGGAGACCAGUGAAAGCGAAGCUAGACUGUAAUCGGACCAGAGACUCUUGUGACUUCUCUUAUUGCAGUGAGCCCUCUGAACUGGAUGAAGCUGUUGAAGAAUAUGAAGAUGAAAACACCUUGUUUGACAUGGUUUGUGAGUCUUCUGUUACAGAUGAGGAUAGUGACUUUGAACCCCAAACCCAAAGGCCUCAAAGCAUUGCUCGAAAAAGGCCUGGAAUAGUCCCAUCUUCUCUCCAUUCCAGCUCCCAGGCUCAAAUGGUUGAUGAAUGCAGCAAUGAUGUCAUCAUUAAGAAAAUCAAACAAGAAAUUCCCGAAGAUUAUUAUAUUGUGGCGAAUGCAGAGCUGACUGGAGGGGUAGAUGGACCAGCCCUGUCAUUGACACAGAUGGCAAAACCCAAGCCUCAGACUCAUGCUGGUCCCUCUUGUAUAGGGUCAGCCAAGCUGAUUCCCCAUGUAACAUCUGCCAUUGGCACAGAGCUAGACCCACAUGGUGUGUCUGCAUCCCCCUCUGUCAUGUCCAGACCAAUCGUCCAGAAGACUGCCAGGGUAUCUCUGGCUUCACCAAACAGAGGACCCCCUGGUGCCCAUGGCACCAACCAGCAGGUGGCUAUGCAGAUGCCUGUGAGCACAUCCCAUCCUAACAAACAGAUCAGCAUCCCUUUGUCUGCCCUGCAGCUGCCUGGACAGGAUGACCAAGUUGCUUCUGAAGAGUUCCUGCCCCAUCUGCCCAGCCAGGUCUCUUCCUGUGAGGUAGCUCUUUCUCCCUCAGUUAACACAGAGCCAGAAGUGAGUUCCAGUCAGCAACAGCCCCCAGUCGCUCCAACCAUAACCACUGAGGCCACAGCACAGUGUAUACCAGCCUAUUCUACUAAGCUCAACAAAUUUCCUGUGUUUAAUAUUAAUGAUGACUUGAAUGAUCUGUGUACCAGUGCAGUAAGCCCAAAUACUACCAAAGCCACGCGAUAUGCCCUGAAUGUGUGGCGAUAUUGGUGUGUGACCAACGGGCUCAAAGAUCACACGGACAUCACCAAGAUCCCUGCAGCGAAGUUGAAUGAGCUGCUCGAGAAUUUUUAUGUCACCGUUAAGAAGAGCGACGGCUCCGACUUCCUGGCCACCUCGCUCCAUGCCAUUCGCCGAGGCCUGGACCGCAUCCUGAAGAAUGCAGGUGUGGGCUUUUCCAUCACAAGCAGCACCUUCAGUUCAUCCACCAAGAAACUCAAGGAGAAGCUGUGGGUGCUGAGUAAGGCAGGCAUGUCGGGUGCUCGUUCUCGCAAUAUUGUCUACUUCUCUCUUUCUGAUGAGGAGGAGAUGUGGCAGGCAGGGUGUCUAGGUGAUGACAGCCCUAUCACUCUCCUGUCCACUGUGGUCAAGUACAACAGCCAGUACCUGAAUAUGCGGACACUGCAGGAACAUGCCGAUCUGAUGUAUGGCGACAUCGAGCUGCUCAAAGACCCCCAAAACCAGCCCUAUUUUGCCCGGACAGACAGUGUCAAGCGUGAGAGCCGGAGUGGUUCCACUAGAGUGUGUCAUGGGAAAAUCUACCAUGAGCAUUCCAGGGGACACAAACAGUGCCCUUACUGCCUUCUCUACAAGUACAUGUACAUCCACCGGCCACCCACCCAAAUGGAGGCCAAGUCGCCUUUCUACCUUACAGCCAGGAAGGAGGCCACGGACAUGGGCAGCGUAUGGUAUGAGGAGCAGAGGAUGGGACUGCGGUCUCUCCGGGGAAUCGUUCCAAACUUAGCCAAGAAGGUCAAGCUGGAAAACUGUGAGAACUUCACCUUUGUCUCAUUUACUCAGGUGUCCAGGAGGCUUGGCUCCCACACUUGCUGUCAGUGAGUCUCCCCUGGGUCCAGGCCACUGCCCUGCUUACCCUGGGGGGCAAGAGCGCCCUCGGGCAACCAAGGCUGGAGCUCUGAGGUGGCAGGGAAUGCCGGUGACUUCAAGGUCAGGCUAGUUUCUGUCAGUGUGACCUGCUAUUUCUUUGACUUGGGGUUUGUUUUUUACCUGAAAGUAGAUGAGUCUGAAAAAUUAGGGUAUUUUAUCCAAAUGUGUGUCACCUUUGUUAAAUUAUAGAAUCUAACACCAUGUGUCAUCAUUACAUACAAGAGUGAGGAAGUUCAUUUUAUCUAGUGCCUUUUUAGCACAGAUUUUCUUAAAAAAAAAAAAAAGAAGAAAAAGAGACUGUUUAAGUAGUCAUUAAAAAAAACUCCCAGUAGCCUAGUAGCUUUAGAAUGUUACGAAGACUUUAUAUACUUUGUUGACUCACACUCACAACAAGCAACUGGAAGGAGAUAGAUAGACAUGUUAGCUAUUUCCAGGAGAAAAAUUGCACUUGACACUCCCCUCUCUAUUUUGCUGAUGGAUAACUUGGUUCCGCAGAGCAAGCAGCUCUGCUUGAUGGAAGCUGGUGGGGCUGCACUCAGUAGUGCUGAUAGUCCUGCUCUCAGCACCAGGAGCGACGUGAUCUCUGCACCCACAGAGACCAUUUUCGUUUUACGAAGAAAGAUGAGCGCACCAGAAGAUGUUUGGGAGGGCAAGGUUUCCAGUGAACUAGAUGGUUUGUACCGUGAGGGAAUUUCCAGUAGUGAAAAAGAAGUGGCUUGGAAGAGCAAUCUGUGAUCAAAAUAUGAAAAACCUCCUGACGCAGAAGUGCCUAUGUUUUAUUUCUCAGCACCACGUGAAAGCUAUUUUCAUUUGAACAUUUUUUUUUAAUUUUAACAAUCUCUUCUUCGUGUCAUACAGUUAUUGGUUAAGCAUCUAGCACCAGAUCUGUAAAACAGCGAAAGGUGAUUUUCAGGCUUAACCAGGAAAAUCCAACAAAGCAAGCUGCAAAGAAAACAAAUCCCACAAUGUGCUUUCUUAACGAACUUUGAAAUAUGUUGAUCAGAGUAUGACUUUCUCAGCCACCAUAGAUGUCAUCCCUUUGGCUGGGCACCAAGUGCUUGGGACAUGAUGAUGUAGGCAGCAUCCCAGGUAAGCAGACUCAGCAUUUAGGAUAUAGUUGUAAAAAGCAAAGCAUGAUGAUAGGUUAUCGAUGCACUCAGGUAAACUGCAACCUGACCACAUGUUAUCGAAAUGUUAGCAGAAUUUUCUGAUAACCACUCUGAAUGAGAAGUGAAGAAAGGAGCCCAAAGAGUGCUAAUCAGUAAUAAUAAUGUCCAGGAAUCUUUAGGUUGUAUUUGAGGAAAGACUGCUACAACUUUAUGUUCCUGUGUGUGCUUUCUAAUCCAAAAUUAAAAUUCCAGUCUAAACUCAUGUUGCAGGAGUCCUAAAAUCAGUCCUAGUUCUUUUUCAAAACAUUAUUUUAGUAUUUAAUUAAUUGUUCUUCAAAAUCAUUCACCAGUCGUUGAAAUAUGUAAUCCUUCCUUUACCAGAAAAGACUCAGCCAAUGCUGCCUUAAGGUUAAAUGUUGUUCCCUUUUUGGUUAAACUGCACGUUUAUAAUUUUGCUUACCAGUGGAUCUUUCCUGAAUAUGGAUUAAUUUUGGUAUGUCUCCAUGUGUAUGUAAAUAACGUAAUAUUUAAUAAUCAGUGUUAUGAUUUGAUAUUGCAUACUAUGCUACUGUGAUUUCCGAUAGUGGUUUUAGGAUUUUGCUUAAAAAAGAGACACAAAGCAUUAGGUUCAGUUUCCUUUAGUUUGCUAAACACCCAAAGGAUAUUUUGUGUUGUAGAAAGCAGAUGGUCAUUUUUCCUGUCAGUUCUGCACUGAAAUAGAAAUAUAACCCAUGUGGACUACUGGGCAGACAGAGCGUGCAGCCUAAUUAUAUAAAACCUCCAUUUUUAUUUUAAAUAGAUUCAAGAGAAAACUGCCAUUAGGAAUCACUGGGAUCUUUUCAGAUUUUAACAUUCCCAUAAGUAGCAAUAACUGAUCCUGAGGUUGUCAUCCUUCUGUUGACAGGGGCUUUUCGUCAGCUGAAUAAUAACCACCUCCACCUCACAUUUGUUGCUUAUCACUACUUGAUGUGCUAUAAAUCCCCAGAAUUCUGAGGUGAAUGAUUAUAAUAAAAAAAUCAGGAGGUGGAAUCUUCAGUGAUACCUGAUAGAAUGAAAGAACUGUAAUCUCAGCAUCCUAAAUGCCACGCAUUUCAUGCCUCCCCUGGGGAGUGGGAGUGAGAAAGAAGACGCAUUGAUCAGGCGCUACUCCGCACCACCCAUUGGGCAAGGCACUGUGUUAGGUGUGUGUGUGUUAGGUGUGUGUGUGUGGGUGUGCAACGCACACUUUACACAUGGGGACGCCUGGUAAACCUGCUAACGUGGCAAAGUGCCUCCUCAACUACAUGAUCACGUCCAUCCUCAGAGGAUCUGAGGCAGGACAGAGUAGAGUAGCUAGUUGGGGUGGCCAUUGGGCCCUGCCGGCCACCCGCCCGCCCGCCCACUGGGGGACUCCAUGCUCUUCCACUCUCCCCAGAGCCAGGAGAAAGGAGAAUCUCCAGAGAAGGGAGAGGGGAGAGAUUAAGGGCAUUUACUCCACUUACCUUUGUUUAUUUAUUUCACUCAAAAGUGGGAACAACUGUCAGGAACUCACGAGCUCACCUAAGCACAAGUUGCCUCUGGCUCCGCAUCAGAAACCGUGGAGCUACAGGUAUUGGGGGGGGGCUGUGCAGUGCUUUGGGGGAGCUCUUACCCAGGCACCUUCUGCAUCUGCUCUGACAGGAGCCCUGCUAGCCUAGUUCCUCCUCUCCAGAUCCCAGCAGUGUCCCCUGGGGAGUUUAUUCCUGCAGAGGUGAUGGGGGGGUCAGCUUGGAAGGGUGUGAGCCCAUUAAAGGUAAAGGUUAGUUUAACCCCGGCCUAGGCGCGUAGUAAGCACGCAAUACGCGUUGGCUAUUUUAGCUACAACUCUUGGUAAUAGUAAUAAUUAACAUUAUUCAACUAAUCUGCAUCACAUCGUUCUUAUUUCUUCCAUUGUGGAGAUUCUCCCUCCUUUAAACUGUUAAACUUGAAGAGGAAACCAAACCCGAUAACCUGGUCACAAGUCUGCCCAUAAAUUCUACCUCCAACACAGCCAAGCCCUGAUACCUCAGCUGUAAGCAAAAACACGUGAAGAACGGAGAUGCCUUAAGAGGCUUUAUGAGAAAGCUUUUGCAUUGUUUAGUGUGUCUGCAAAGGGGAGUAUUUAUGGAAGAACCUAACCAAAGUCUUGGAAGAAAUGGUCUCCUUGGUUGUGUGGCAUUUUCCAGCUCUCCUUGGAUUAUGUGCUGUAUUAAUAGCUUGCCCUGACUGCUAAAUGGUGUUUGAAGAAAUGUGAAAUUCUAUUACUUGGAUUUUUUAUUUAAAUUCGACCCGAUUAAAAGCAGCAAGCCCUGCAUCCCAGCAUGUUCAUUGAGAGUCACUGGGAGAAUCUGGACAAAUUAACCUUCAUGUGGAAGCUGAAGCCUCUUGCUCUACUAGAAAGAGAAUCUGACCGGCAGCUCCUUCCCUACUCGGCAGUUCUGGGCUCAGUCUCGUCCGUGAUAAAAUGGGAUCAUUGGAAUGGAUCAUCUGCAACGUGAACGGUUGUAUUACAAUUCCUGAAGCCCAUAUAGUUAGGAAGCGGCAAAACUCAGAAGCAAAAUUCCCAGUUCCUCAACAUCAUAUGGUGAAUCUCCUUAAUUUUGAGAGCUUCUUACUACACUGGAACACUGUCUUUUGAAAAAAUAGUUUUCUUGAAUUUUCAGGUUUCACAACUUUUCAAAUUAUUUUUGUGCUGUCUCCAGGCAGCAAAAUGUUGAUUACUUUUCUCAGUUUAGGCUAAUGAUAACAUUUUAAUUAGUUAAGUAAACAGGAUGUUUAAAUAUUGUGUUUAUGAACACCCAUCACUUCGUUGCUUUUACUGAAACCUGGGUUGCUAACCCCCCUUUGAGCUAGUAACCAGGUACCUUUAGGCAUCAAUAAAUGCAAACAACAAAGACCUCAAAGUUACCUCAUUUGCUCUACAUGAGAUCCAAUUUUGUCUAAGUUAGGCCCCAUGCACAUUUAGAAACGGUUAACAGUCCUGAAUAGAAGAACAUAUUAAAAUUUCAAAUUCACAUAUAUCUUUAAAUGUUUUUGCUUUGGGGUUGAAUUUUUAAUGCUCUGUAUUAAAAGAAAAACAUUCAGUUGUUUAGUCAAUGUUCUUAAAAAUCUUUGUUGCUUUUCCCCCAUAUGAAUUAAUUACCUUCGUAGAAAUGUGAGUGGAGGGAGAGAUUUGUGGUGACCUAAGGACAUGUUCCCUUCCUGAGAAAAGAGGAGGCCAUGUGGGGUGAUUAACUUACCUCCCGGAAUUCCUAUGUAUUCUGUGUCCAUAAAUCUGACAUCACAGGAUUUCCCAAAACUCCUUUGACAGAGGCUGCCCAUCCUUCUGGCAAAGUCUGCCAAUUAUUACAAUUUUACAGGCUUCUAGUUCUUCACAGUUCAAGAAAUCCAGAGAUGUUUCUCAUGUUUAGUUGUUGAUCAGAAUCAGAUUUCUAUGCUCAAUUAUAGUGCUUUAUUAAUCUAAUGCAGCUGAUAUGGAAGUUAGUAAUUUCAGGAAAUAUUUAUUAAAGCCAAAAAAAAAAAGAUCACUGGGUUAUAUUGGAUGCAUAUUGCUUCCAUUACUGUUAAAAGCAAUUAGUUAGAUCCUUCCCCCACAAUGAGAUGAGAAUGAGUUCCUAAGUGUUUUAUGGUCAAAAUAAUUGAUUGAUUAAUUUGCAUUUAACUGUAGUUAUGUUACAGUUUAAAAAAGUUUCUAGAAGGUUCACAUUUGACCAACACUGUGGUAAGUGCUUUCUCACAGUUGCCUCAUAUUCUCACCUAAUCUCACAACAACUCUGCAAGGUAGGUCUAAUUAUUUCCAUGUUACUUAUCAAGAAACCAAGGCUCAGAGAAGUUAAGUAAAUUUCCCGAAGUCUCACCGAGCUUAUUAGUGGGAGACCUUAAGUUUGAACCCAGGUCUUCUGACUCCCAAUCCAGUGCUCCAUUCAUGAGGCAAAAUCUUUCAGGGGCACAGAGGGUCCAUUUAUCACAAAAGUUUAAAAAAAACACAAUUUCUGUUUGGGAAAUACUUCAUUUCUUAAGUCGUAUGGUGGCACACCUUAUAUGUUCUCUCUUACUAAUUGACUGGUCACUUGGUAUGAUGGAAAGCCUGAUGGUUUUCUGUGAACAUUCUACGUAUUGAAAACUUUCUGUCUUUAUCCAGUAAAUAACUUGUAUUACCUAUUAUCUACCCUAAUGGGCAGACGGUCACACCAAUUUAUUCUAAUAAAAGUCAAGUAGUUUACUAACUGCACCUGUUUCAACAUUCGUAUCAUUGCUAAAAUGUCACAAUGAUAUGUUCAUGUGUUUUACUUCUGCUUUUUAAAUUUGAUGUCAAAGGACUUUUGUAAUCUUUAGGCUAAAGCACCCUCAUAGCAAAAUAUACUUACCGUAGUCAUGUGUUUUCUAUUCCUCUUUCCUUUAUCAGGAGAUGUUUAUUUUCUACUUUGAGACUUAAAAAACAAUAGGUUAUAAGUAACUCUGAGAUCGUGGAGUCAAAUUCCCUCAUUUUACCAAUAAGGAAAUUGAAGCCCAGAGAUAUUUAAGGGGCCAUCCAAGGUUAACAAGACAGGAAGUAGAUUCAGGACUAAAAGUAAUCCAGAACUGUUUCCUCUAUACCAUAGCUGGGGAGAUUUGGAUUUUUAAAAACUAAUUAUUGAAUUGCAUUUGGCAGAAUGACAUCUGGCUAGCAGGAGUCCCCACUGAACUCCCAACUUCCUAAAGAAACACUCAUAAAAAUCCCAAAGAAGGCUAAGUCUCAGUUCUAGAAUCUAGAAGGAAUUGGUGCAAGUGAUGAGGCAUGCAGUAGUGGAUUGAGGCAAAGUCCUCCAGGUUGUAGCUCACUAUUUUCUCUGGCUUCAUGUCAUGACAUGGACAUGCUGAGAAAUAAAAAAUGUGAAAGAUAUUUAAUAAUCCAUUUUCUUCACCAUCCGUGUCUGUCUGCUUACUCUGGAUCAGAUCUCCUGAGUCAGAGAAAUAAUGGACUGAUCCUCCUCUUAACCAGGUGGCAGACCAUGAAGAUUCUCUAUCCCACCCUCUCUGCCUUCUCCCUGUACCUUCUCUUCAUUCAGUCCAAGACUCCCAAAACCUUGGGCUAAAAUGUGAGCAGAAAGCCAAAAGACCUAUUAGAGGCAUGGUGCAUUCUGUGAAAAAUGUCCUGUAGAUGAGGACAAACACAGCUA